GGGAGGAGGAGGAGGAAGAGGAGGAGGAGGAGAGGGAGAUGACAGAGGAAGAGGAGCUGGAGGAACUGAGGUCUCAGGUGCUUCAGCUGCUGCAGGAGUUGGAGGAGACCAGAGAGAUGUCCCAACGCCAUGAGGACAGCUUCAUGGAGCUGCAGGGACUCCUGGAAGAUGAGCGUUUGGCAAGUGCACAUCAAGCUGAGACCUUCACAAGGCAGAUCCAGAGACUGCAAGGCCAGCUGCGCUCUGUGCAGGAGGAGAUGGACAGCCUGGAGGAGGAGAAGGAGAGCGAGCUGCAGGAGGCGCAGAAGGAGCUCCGCAUGGCCCAGGAGGAGGUGGUGGAUCUGCAGCAGGCGGCCGAGGAGGCGGCGGCGGAGCGCGAGAACGACAUUGCGUCCCUCCAAGAGGAACUGUGUCGCCUGCGCGCCCAGCUGGCCCGGCUGCAGGUCACUACGCAGGAGUACGAGCUGGAGAUCACCUCGCUCCGCGCCGAGAUCGCCAUGAAGAGUCAUCAUGGAACACCCAGCCCGGAGAGGGCCCACGAGCACGGUGAGGUGGACCAGCUGAAAGAUGAGUGUCACACGCUCACAGAGGAGUGCAAGAUCCUCAAGGAUAACAACAAACAGCUGACUGACAAGCUCCGCCUUCUGCAGCAGAAAACCAGCUCCCCUGACCCCUACCUGUCCCUGCGGGCCUCAGACGUGGCAGGUGAGCGGGUCGUGGACUCUGAGGCGCCCGUGGAGGCUGUGAGGGCCGGAGGCUACAUGACCAUGGCACUGCCACCCGGCCAGAGGGUGGAGACCAGCGUCCAGAAGGACGUGUCGUUUGACGGGCACCCGGUCGCCCCAGGCAACUGGCACGGGGGCGUGGAGGAGGUGCGGUCACUCAGAGAGCAGCUGCAGCAGGCUGAAGAGAGGGCAACGCAGGUGGAGAGACAGUGUGAAAGUCUGAAGGAGGAGCUGCAGGAACUCCAGGGUCUGUACGACAGCAGUCAGAGGGAGAGGGCGGAGAUGGAGGCGGAGCUUCAGCGCUGCAGGGCGGAGCUACAACGCCUGGCCGGAAGGAAGACCCAGGAUAGUGAGGGCGAGUGGAAUCUGGUGAUGGUGGUUGCCGUGGUCGCAGCGGCAGUUCUGAUUGUCCCUAGCUUGACCAGAACGCUGUCCUGAGCGGGAUUUUGGGCAUCACAGGAAAUUACAUCACUCCUCCACCUUCAUUCCUGUUUUAAUCACUUCCUGUCCCCCCUUCUAUCAAUCACAAUCCAAGAAUCCUGACCAGAGGCCAGAUACAAUGUAACCAAGGCAACCAAAGCACAACAAUGACCCUCCAGACCCUCCCAAUGAACCUCCAGACCAUGGAACCAGGGACAUUUUUUGCUCACAGCUGCGUUAUGGGAGCAGAGGGACCAAAGCAUCACAGCUCCCUCUCUCUCUCUGUCUCACUCUCUUUCUAUACCUCUCUCCCUCUUUCUUUCUUCUUACUCCCUCUGUUUCUGUCUCACUCUCUAUUCCCUAUACCACUCUCUCCCCCCUCUUUCUAUCGCUCUCUCUUCUUGCAUACAACUUGUUUUCUUAUGUGCUUCUUCAAGUAGACCAGACUGUAAAACUAUGGUUUAGGGACGUCCACGGACUACAGAGUGCAAGGAUAGAGAUGCAUUCUUACCUGCCUGGCUGUCCUCCAUCCCAGAGUCAAGGCCACCACUCCACGUCUGAGUGACCUGCCUAAACCUCUGACCGGGGCAUGCCAGUGAAGCCUGGCAUGGAGAAGUGUGAGAAGAACAUAUCUGCCAUAUCAUUUGCUUUCCCUUGUUCAGUUUCUGGUGUUUGUUUCUUCCUGGAAAGGACAGUAAGGCAGAAUAGACUGUAUUGAACACUGAACUGAAUUCAGAGAGAGAGAGAGAGAGAGAGAGAGAGAGAGUGGGAGAGAGGGAGAGAGAGAGAGAAAAGAAGGAAUAGAAGAGGAGGAGGAAAAGAAGGGAGAGGGAUGCCCUGGCGAGAUGUGAAAGACACCAUAUUUAACUCUGCACACAAUCUGAAGUAAGAGCGGGAGAUUGAAGAGAUGGAAGAAAAAAGAAAGAAUAUAGAAUACAUAUUGAAGGACUGGCAGAAAGCCCUGGAUGCAGCUGCUAGCUUUGGCCUUAACCUCUGACCCCGAAUGACAUCAUAUCCUCCUGACACCAACUCACUCUCGAAUGGACCUAGCCUGGACCCAGUCCAGAUAUGCACCUGGACCCAGGCCAAGGUCCAACUCAGAUCUGGGCCAUAUCGAUGCUGGAUCUGUUCCAGCUUGUGGUCCCAGAUCUUCCCUGAGCAACACCAGACUGCUGUACAUUUCUGCUGCCUUCAUAUUCAUGAUCUAGCAUCCCAUAAUACUCUACUUCCUCUUCCUCUCUCAGGAGAGCUGCUCAGCCAAUCAGAUUCCUCCGACACAGCAUGCUCCUCCCAGUCUAAGCAGACAUAAUUAGUGAAGGAGAAAUAUCAUUAGUCUUCACUGCAAUAUCCAGUACCUGGUUGUUAGUAUCUAUUUGUGUUUGUUUGAUUUUGAGGGUUGUUCUUUUAUUGAAAAUGUUAUAUGACAGUAUAUGACCUGGACAAGCCAUGAAUGGAAAGUAAAAUUAUCUAACUCAAGUUAGAAUUAGUAUUGUGCGCACAGAGAAAAUGGACGGAUGGCUUAGGAAAGUUGGUCUGUUCUUAAUUGGACUUUUUCACAUCAAUGAUUAUCAGCUAGUGACACUAUAUUUUUGUAUCUGUGUGCUCAACACUAAGGUUUAAGUUUAGAAAUUGAAUAUUCUAUGAUGUGUUAUAUGAAAGAGAAUCAUAUUUUUGUAUAUAGAUAUUAAUGUGUAAACAGUAUACGUAUUAUAUGACCAAUUCUAAGCACUGAAUAUAUUUAUUUUAUUGGUUGGCACACACAUAUAGCAAGAAUGGUGCAUUGCUAACCAAAACAUCAUAAUCAUUGGCAUGGUUCAGAUGAGAAAACACUAGAGAAUAUAUCUCAAGACAUGUUAGUGUCUUGCAUCAUUCUCCUUUUAACUGGUUAAUGAUUUUGUGUGUUUGUAUAUUGGAAUGUUAAUUUGCAGACUUUCUGUCUCUCUGUUGAGAUAUCUUUCACUUUUCAUUUAGGUGUUAAUCUGCUCUCUUGUGGAGAAACAGUGCAUGGUGGACCAUAAUCAAUAAUGGUGAAUCAAUAAUUAAUAAGCUUUAAUAGAUCACAUUCCAGAAGACUGAGAGACGUACUGUACAACAGGAUCAACACACACACACACACACACACACACACACACACACACACACACACCUAUCUGGCAGGCGCUGGGCCUAUAUAUAAUAAUAUGGCAAAAUAUUUGUCUUUAUAGCGCAGCAUAUGACAUUUACCAUAUCAUAUAUAGCAGGAUCAUAAUGUCUCACCUCAGUCUAAGGGGUGUGUGUGUGUGUGUUAGCACAAUACAGAAUACCAUACUUCACUUUGAGGCAUGUACUGCUGUAUGCUGUCCUGGGCUAUAUGUCUGUUCUAUAGGAUACUUACUCUAUAUGACACAUUUAAAUCAAAACAAAACAAAAAAACAGAUCAUCUCUAAAAGCCACAGAGAUGCUACACAUGUUUGUAGGCUAAACCUUCACAUUUUCAGGCUGUUGAUUAAAAGUACAACAGCAUCCUAUAUUUAAACAUAAGAUUUGUAUAAUUUAUAACCUGCUAAUGAAUUGGAGUACUACUGCACUGUCCUGUUGCUUUAGCCAGUGUGUGUGUGUGUGUGUGUGUGUCUGUGUGUGUGUAUUUUUCACCUUUCAGAGUGUGCCUAGACAGCACUGUCUUCCUACAUGUUGUAGAUACAGUCCGUAACACAGUCCCAAGCAGAGAGGAGACUUAAACAUGGAACAUGGAACUCUCCUUACUAAAUAGGAGCUCUAGAAUGUACUCUUGGCUUCGGCUUGUCCUGAUUCUAACUAAUCAACGCUAUUCCAUUUCUCUGGCUUGAUGUUGCUCAUGUGUACUAACAAAGCGUUUAACAGCAUAAACAAAGUGUAUCACAGCUGAAAUGCAAUAUCACUACUCAACUAUAACAGUGCAUGUUGUUCUGCAAAUAUUACUGUGUCCAUUCAAACUCUUCUGGGGCAUCUUUAUAGUUAAGAAUUGAAACUGGGAAAACAGCAAGAUGUCUUGUUAACUUAACUGUCCACAGCAUUUGUGGCUAAUUGAUAUUUUAAAAUAAAAUACACACACUAUAGUGUAAUAAUCUUCUGGUGGAGUUUUUUUUUUUUUAUAUGUCUGCAGUAUACUCUGAGCAGGCUGGCGUUUGCAUGGUAGGUUAAGUAGACUGCAUGUUGUAGGUACUGUAGGUUACACUUACUUGUGGUCGAUCAGUUGUAUGUGUUUAAAAUCAACACAACUGCAUGAAAGACUUAGUAGUUUUAUGAGUCCUGUUGUCCUCUUGUUGACCACUGGUCAAGCUUGGUGACCGACAAACGUUUUUUGCACACACUUUUAAGCCGCAGAUUACUCAUUUUUGUAAAGAAAAAGAAUGUGUUAUAAUUUAGUUUUCUCGAUAUUCUUUCUCUCUGUUGCCUGUCCUUUCUACAGCAAAAACGUGAGCUUUCUCUCCUCAGUUCAGAUACACUAUCUGUCACUUGUUGUUCUUUGUCAAACUGUUCGUGAAACCUUCCAGGAGGUGCUUUUAUAUGUCUCUGUGUGUGUGUGUGUGUGUAGCCAUCUGUGUUUGUGUGUGUGUGUGUGUGUAUGUGUGUACUGUCAUGGCUUCUCUGAGCUGUUUAAGCAUAGUCUAUCCUCCUUCGCUGGGUCUUGUGUUUAAAAGGAAACAGAACUGUGAGUAUUUUACUAAACUGCUUGUAAAUUUUGUAAAUUACUAUGGAGAA